GUUUGCCUUCAUUCGCGUUUCGAACCUCUAGCAGUGAACGUCGUGUGGCUUGUAUCGAUUGAAUUUUUUUUCUCUCCUUUUCGUAUUCGUUUCUACUAAUAUGUCAUUGACGGUGUUGUUGUUAUUCCCAUAAAGAAGAUUGGGAACAAAUCGCAUAUUGUCGCGAAUGUGUGGUGGUUUGUCUUUGCAAUUGCGAAACGGAAAUAAUUUUGUUUCCUCCGUGGACAUUGUGUGCAAAAAGUUCGUGAAAGUUGAUUCAAAUGAGACACGUAAAAUAAGCACAAGUUGCGAAACCUUUCCCGAAUGAAGUUUACUGUUUACGCAUUACACCAGUUGUGACAAAGGAGGCGUAAAUUUAGCUAUUUCACGUGCUACGGAUGUAUUAGUGCGCACGGACUACUUGAUAUGCGGGACUAUGUCAUCGACAAAGUACAAAGUGAGCCAUUGAUUUUUUUCAUGCACAUAAAUUAGUUAUCGUGGAACAAAUCAGCAAAAAUCACCCUGUUUGCAAUGGUGAUAGAAGUUGAAACAUUAAUGAUGCAUGGAUACCGUAAGUGAGCGAAGAACAUCAAUGACAAAUAAGUCAAGUGACCUUAAAGGCGAAGCAUAAAGUGAUAAAUAAACGCGGUUCUAUCAAUGAUUUUGCCUUGAAAACGGACCGUCAGUUUUUCAAUAAGAGAAUCUUUAUUCGAAGCUGAAGAAGUAUUGGUGUAAUAGAAAGAAGAAAACAAACAAGUGGCCGACGAAGCAGCUCUGCAUACAUUCGUUCGUCAUAAGUGAUAAGUUGUUCAAAGGCAACUUGUAAGAAAAAUGCGAAAUAACACCAACAGCAAUAAUAUGGAAUCGUCAUUCUACGAAGAUAGCAAUGGGCAGUAUGUUCCUGUAUCAACGCAAGCCCAAAUCAACGCCGGAAAUAAUCUGAAAAGGCCCGCCACAUUGGAACUGAACGCCAACAAAAGCCGGAAGGCACGGUUCAAUGCCUCGGUUACCGCCCCUCCGGUGAUUACUUCUCCGGACCUGCAAGUGCUAAAACUCGUCUCACCGGAACUGGAAAAAAUUAUCACCAACAGUGCUGCUCUGCCAACACCAACACCUAGCAGCAUACUUUAUCCUGGCAAGGCUACCACCGAGCAGGAACAAUUUGCCAAAGGCUUCGAUGAAGCUCUCCUCUCGAUGCACGAAAAAGAUAACAUCAGUAAGAUGAACAUCAACAACAACAACAAUAACAAAAGCAUCAACAACAACGCAUCCACGGCAAUUGCUGCGAUCUCGGCUGUGUCUACCGCCACCACCACUACUCAUAACACGAUGAGUGGAGGUGACAUCACCUACACCGAUCUCGAUACCUACCCAGGUGUGAUCAAAGAAGAGCCCCAGAUUGUCCCACAAUCGUCUCCAGUUAGCCCGAUCGAUAUGGAGAAUCAGGAACGCAUCAAACUGGAACGGAAGAGGUUACGAAAUCGGGUAGCCGCCUCAAAGUGCCGCAAGCGGAAGCUCGAGCGCAUUUCUAAACUAGAGGACAAGGUAAAGGACCUAAAAACCCAGAACAACGAACUACACAGUAUAGUCUUCAGCCUGAAGCAGCACGUGAUACAGCUGAAGCAGCAGGUGGUCGAACACCACAACUCUGGAUGCACCAUAACGCUAGCGGGAAAAUUUUAGAGACCGUCACGUGAUCAUUAAGUUGUUUGUUUCAGUUGCCCAAACAGCAGCAACAGAUAACAUGGUCAAGCAUCUAUCUUCGUCACUGAAGCCUACCUUCUGCAUGGAAAUGCGUCUUUAGUGUCAACAAUUUCUCGUUGAGCUAGAAACUAUUUAUUUUCAUUCAUUUCCCAAUAGUUGUCCAGUUCCCAUAAUUUGAUCUACGUAUUAGUUUAAGUGAAUUAGGUAGCUCUUUAAAUAAGUGUGCUGCUUAAAUUACCAUAAAAAUGAACAGAAAUGCCUUACAAGUUGAAAAGUCGAGCAAGUAAUGGUUUACCAUUUAGCAAUUAAGUCAUAAUUAUACUAAAACUAAAAUGCUUAACAAAGUAUAGAUUAAUUCAUACGCGUUAUCAACCCCACAAAGCAAGGAUAUUCUAGUCGUCGAUUGGUGUUCGCAAACAAUGAAAUUGUGAGCGUUUUUAUGAUUUUAUUUUUGUGUUUGUGGAGCAACUGCAAAUGUGUCAUAUUAAAAAGUUCUGUAAAACAUACCAUUUAAUUUAGUAUGAGUUCAGUUGUUCGCAGGCGCCGAAUGCACUUUGUUGUUGAGAAUAAAUUAUCGUGUUUUAGUUAUGUUUGACGAAGUCCCUAAAGAUUUUUGUUUCAGAUCAAAAUAGUUACAUUUUUAUUUAAAACUAUUUUUAUGUUCAAUUACUCUGCAAAAAUAAAUGCUUGUAACUUUUAUAGAUUUACAUAACUUGAAAGAAUAUUUACAAUAAAUUUUUUGUUCAUUCACAUUCGAAUAACAGCUGAA